CUCCCCCUCCCCCUCCCCGCGCCUGGGCCCACUCUGCGGCCUCUGCCCGCCUCGCCCCCGCCCGGGCCUCCUCCCGCUUUCUCUCUCCGCUUCCCCUCGAGCCUCCGGAGGAGCCCGCAGCCAGCCGCGGGGCGCCGGGAAGAUGGCGGCGGCGGCGGGAGGCGGCGGCGGCGAGGGGGGCGCGGGCCUGGGCGGUGCGGCGGGGUCGGGGCCGGGGUCGGGGCUGCUCGGGCCGGGCCCCUCGGCGGAGACGUGCGAGGACGCCCGCGGCCCCGCGCCCGCGGCGCUGCACCCGGAGGAGGUCGCCGCGCGGCUGCAGCGGAUGCGCCGGGAGCUGAGUAACCGCAGGAAAAUCCUGGUUAAAAACCUGCCCCAGGACAGCAACUGCCAGGAAGUUCACGACUUAUUACAAGACUACGAGUUAAAGUAUUGUUAUGUGGACAGAAAUAAGCGAACAGCUUUUGUUACCUUAUUGAAUGGGGAACAAGCCCAGAAUGCAAUUCAGAUGUUUCAUCAAUAUUCUUUUCGAGGAAAAGACUUAAUAGUCCAGCUCCAGCCAACAGAUGCUUUGCUGUGUAUUACUAACUUACCCACUUCUUUUACAUUAGAAGAGUUUGAAGAACUUGUUCGUGCUUAUGGAAAUAUCGAGAGAUGUUUUCUGGUCUACAGUGAAGUUACUGGCCAUUCCAAAGGCUAUGGAUUUGUAGAAUACAUGAAAAAGGACUUUGCUGCAAAGGCUAGAUUGGAGCUUUUGGGCAAACAAUUGGGAGCAUCAGCUCUCUUUGCACAAUGGAUGGAUGUUAAUCUAUUGACCGCAGAGCUCAUUCAUUCUAAGUGCCUUUGUGUAGAUAAACUCCCUACUGACUACAGGGAUUCAGAGGAGCUGUUGCAAGUAUUUUCCAGUAUGCAUAAACCUGUGUUUUGCCAGCUUGCACAGGAUGAAGGAAGUUGCGCGGGUGGCUUUGCGGUGGUGGAGUAUCACACGGCCGAGCAUGCUGAGGAGGUCCAGCAGGCAGCGGAUGGUGUGACCAUCAAGGGAAGCAAAGUCCAAGUUUCCUUCUGCGCCCCCGGAGCACCGGGACGGAGCACAUUAGCAGCAUUGAUAGCAGCUCAACGUGUGAUGCACAGUAAUCAAAAGGGCUUACUUCCUGAGCCAAAUCCUGCACAAAUUAUGAAGAGUUUAAACAACCCUGCUAUGUUACAAGUUCUUCUACAGCCCCAACUCUGUGGGCGAGCUGUUAAACCAGCAGUUCUUGGAACACCUCACAGCUUGCCACAUCUGAUGAGUCCAUCCAUCUCCCCUGCAUUUUUACAUUUGAAUAAAGCACAUCAGAGCUCAAUUGUGGGUAAUACUUCUCGUUUAUUCCUUCAGAAUCUUUCCCAUGUACCACUGGCACAGCAGCAAUUAAUGAAGUUUGAGAGUAUUCAUACUAAUAACAAACCAGGCUUGCUUGGAGAAGCCCCAGCUAUGGUACUUCAGACUGCAGUGGGGAUAGGGUCGGCGCUUCCCUUGAAAACAGAGUUGGGUCACCAUGGAGAAGCACAUAAAACAUCUAAUCUGAUCCCAACGCAAACAACUCUAACAGCUGGAAUGGGCAUGUUACCGUUCUUUCCAAAUCAGCACAUUGCUGGACAAGCUGGGCCAGGACACGGGAAUACUCAGGAGAAACAGCCAGCCUCUGUGGGAAUAGCAGAAGGAAAUUUCUCAGGGUCACAAGCUUAUCUUCAGACCUUUCCAAACCUUACUGCUGGAGGUUUGCUGACAGGACACCAUAAGCAGCCACAAAGUCAGCCAAAAGGCACGGAGAUGAGUUCAGGGGCUGCGUCUAAGAAUCAGACUUCACUGUUGGGAGAACCUCCAAAAGAAAUUCGGCUCAGUAAAAAUCCGUACUUGAACUUGGCAAGUGUGUUGCCCAGUGUGUGUUUAUCAUCCCCUGCAAGUAAAACCACUCUACAGAAGACUGGAAUUGCAAGCAACAUCCUGGACGCAAUCUCUCAGGGAAAUGAAUCACAACACACAUUGGAGAAGUGCAUUGCUUAUUCUCAGCCUUUUGGUGAUUAUGCACAGGUGUCAUCUUUAAGAAAUGAAAAGCGAGGUUCAUCUUAUCUCAUCUCUGCCCCAGAAGGCGGUUCCGUGGAAUUUGUUGAGCAACAUUCUCAGGGCACAGGAGCAUAUUACAUGGAGACCUACUUAAAAAAGAAGCGUGUAUACUGAGUUAAGUUCUAUCCUUAUAUAACCUCGUAAGGUUCUUUGCAGUAACUCUGCUGUUCAUCGCUGCCUUAAUUACAUUCAUACUACCCAUAUCCUUUAAAUACGGGUUUAUAAUUUCCCAGAAGGAACUGUGUUGUGCAGCAGGCAAAAUUGCCAAAAAAAAAAGUAAGUAGCAAUAAGAAGAGACAUCAAUCGAGGACAUUUUCCACUAGAAUUAGAUGCAUCUUAAUUAAUGCGGUAUUAAGUUAUAGUCCACUGCAGAAAUUAACAAUAUUCCUUGUUUUAGAACUGGGAAUCAUUUUGACACCAUAUAUAAAACUUUGAAGCAAUAAAUAGGAAACGAUCUUGUUUCCUGGGCCUUAGAAGAAUGAAUUUCUUACAAGCCAAUGUGCAUUUCUAUUUACGUUCCCUAGAAGUAAUCUCAUUUAUAGAUUUUUAGAACUUCUUAGAACUAUAAGAAUACGAGUACAAAAAUGCAGCAAUGGUAAUGUUAAAAAAAAUGCUCUCCAUGCAAACUAAAUUGUAACUCCCACACCAGCCAUAUAGUACAAACCCCACA